CUCUCCCGGAAGUGACGUCGGAGUGUCAACAUGCAAGAUGGCGGCCCAUCACCGGCAGAACACAGCCGGGCGGAGGAAAGUGCAGGUUUCCUAUGUUAUCCGAGAUGAAGUGGAGAAGUACAAUCGCAAUGGAGUUAAUGCCCUGCAGCUGGACCCAGCACUCAACAGGCUCUUCACCGCAGGGCGGGACUCCAUCAUCAGAAUAUGGAGUGUCAAUCAGCACAAGCAAGAUCCAUACAUAGCAUCCAUGGAGCACCACACAGACUGGGUGAAUGAUGUCGUGCUCUGCUGCAAUGGGAAAACAUUAAUAUCUGCCUCCUCUGACACGACGGUCAAAGUGUGGAAUGCACACAAAGGAUUCUGCAUGUCCACACUCAGAACACACAAGGACUAUGUAAAGGCCUUAGCAUAUGCCAAGGAUAAAGAGCUGGUAGCAUCGGCUGGGUUGGACAGACAAAUAUUCCUUUGGGAUGUGAAUACUCUGACAGCAUUGACUGCCUCAAAUAACACUGUCACAACUUCUUCUUUAAGUGGGAACAAAGAUUCCAUUUAUAGCCUGGCCAUGAACCAACUGGGAACAAUCAUUGUAUCAGGGUCCACUGAGAAGGUUCUAAGAGUGUGGGAUCCAAGAACCUGCGCAAAGCUCAUGAAGCUGAAAGGGCACACAGACAACGUGAAGGCGCUGCUGCUGAACAGGGACGGCACACAGUGCCUCUCUGGGAGUUCUGACGGGACAAUUCGCCUGUGGUCCCUUGGCCAGCAGAGAUGUAUAGCAACGUACCGAGUACACGAUGAAGGCGUUUGGGCCCUCCAGGUCAACGAUGCCUUCACACAUGUGUAUUCUGGAGGACGGGACAGGAAGAUCUACUGCACAGACCUAAGAAACCCUGACAUUCGGGUGCUGAUCUGUGAAGAAAAGGCACCAGUUCUCAAGAUGGAGCUUGACAGAUCAGCAGAUCCCCCUCCUGCAGUCUGGGUUGCAACAACAAAGUCCACAGUAAACAAGUGGACGCUGAAGGGAAUUCAUAAUUUCCGAGCCUCUGGUGAUUAUGACAACGACUGUACAAAUCCCAUAACCCCCCUCUGCACACAGCCCGACCAGGUUAUUAAAGGUGGCGCUAGUAUCAUUCAAUGCCACAUCCUUAAUGAUAAGAGACAUAUAUUAACCAAAGAUACAAAUAACAAUGUGGCGUACUGGGACGUGCUGAAGGCGUGCAAGGUGGAGGAUUUGGGCAAAGUGGACUUCGAAGACGAAAUUAAGAAAAGAUUUAAAAUGGUGUAUGUUCCAAAUUGGUUCUCAGUGGAUCUGAAAACAGGGAUGCUGACGAUUACUCUGGAUGAAAGUGACUGCUUUGCUGCCUGGGUUUCUGCAAAAGACGCUGGCUUCAGCAGUCCCGACGGCUCAGACCCAAAAUUGAACUUAGGAGGACUCCUCCUACAGGCACUUCUGGAGUACUGGCCGAGAACACAUGUGACUCCCAUGGACGAAGAAGAAAAUGAAGUCAACCACGUGAGCGGGGAGCAGGAAAGCAGAGUCCAGAAGGGAAAUGGGUAUUUCCAAGUGCCCCCCCACACCCCUGUGAUCUUUGGUGAAGCUGGAGGUCGUACACUGUUCAGGCUGCUCUGCCGGGAUUCCGGGGGCGAGACUGAGGCGAUGCUUCUCAAUGAGACAGUACCACAAUGGGUAAUUGACAUCACUGUGGAUAAAAAUAUGCCCAAAUUCAACAAAAUUCCUUUCUACCUCCAACCUCAUGCAUCUUCAGGAGCAAAAACUUUAAAAAAAGACAGACUCUCUGCCAGUGACAUGCUGCAGGUCCGGAAGGUGAUGGAGCAUGUCUAUGAGAAGAUCAUCAGCCUGGACAAUGAGUCUCAGACCACCAGCUCUUCUAAUAACGAAAAGCCAGAGCAGGAGAAGGAAGAGGAUAUUGCUGUGUUGGCAGAGGAGAAAAUUGAACUUCUAUGCCAGGACCAGGUUUUGGACCCAAACAUGGACCUUCGAACAGUAAAGCACUUCAUAUGGAAGAGUGGUGGAGACCUCACACUCCAUUACCGUCAGAAGUCCACGUGAAGAGUGGGCCGUGCUCCUGGGUUAUUCAUCAACCUUCCUCUGUGGCCCCGAGUAGUCCUAGGAAGCCCGCCAAGCCCUACUGGGAGCAGGAGCUCCGCCGGCCGAUUUGAUGACGUGACUAAUCGAGAUGUAAUAUAGAAGCAGGCUCCAUGCAUAGGUUAAGGUGUCCCCAGGGAUCAGUGCAAGGACAGACGAGCCCCAGGCACUGUCCUUCGAGAUGUACAGAGAACCUGCAACAGGCCAGUGCAGAGUUGGCUCCUUGAAGGACCCACCUGUCUCUUAGCACUUGGUAGAGAACAUCAGCGGGGCCAUCUGUCAGCGCGUUUCAGUUUCAAACCCAUGAGUUCUGCAGCUUUUCUAAGUACAUUCCACUCAUGCAGUACCUAUGAAGGCUUUUUCCAAAUUUGUCAUUACAGAGAACAAAAGUUGUUUUCAUCAUCAUGUAAGAGUUAUUUCUAAUGGGAACCGUCACUGCUGCGCAGUUCAAGAGCCAGCCCAUUUCAGGAGAAAUGGCCAUGUUGGGCUACUUUUGAAAUACGAAUCUCAGCUAUGCUCCGUAGGAAGACCUGCCACUCCAAGGCUAGGGCACAGUACUCGGACUUGCAGGCAGCAGCCUGUGUAGUGAAGUACUGCCCCAGUCACCUGGCCGCACAACAGCCCAAGCAGCUGUGGCCAUUCUUUUUUCUCCAGUGCCCAGUCUUCCUCACAGGCAGAGCCAGCGGGAGCCACAGCUUCUUGCCCUGGGAGAGCAGCAUGGCACUGUCAAAACUAAGGCCAUGCUGAAGUUUCAGUUUCAUUCAAAUGCUACCUAGAGUUUAUGUUAUUAGAGUAAAGAGAUCUCACAGUGAGUUGGUUUGAUAUUUCUAUCGUGGUCCAUGUUUGUUUUUCCAGUUUUAUAUGCGGGCUUUUGUUAUACCUGCGUCCAGAUCUUUCCUCUGUCUUUCUAACAAUCAAAAGCUUUCAUAGACUCACUUGGAUCUUGUACAGAAUAUUAACUUAUUGGGGAUAAACACUUCGACUUUGGCAGAAAAUUCUUUGGAUUCUUCCCAAGGCCAUUCUUGUUCAGAUAGAUCAGUGGUCCCAUCCACCCCACUCCAGAAGACGAGCCUUGAACAAAGCCAGAAGCACAAGUGCCUUCAGGGGCAGUUUAUCCCAGUCCAGUGGCCUCCCUACCACGUGUGGCCUGUCCCCCACAGGAGCAGGGACUGGGGAGGGCUCGCUUUUCUACAUCUUCACCGGCUUGGCUGGGGGCAGCCGAUGGGUCCAGGUCUGUUCCUUACAAGUUGAGGCAUUGAUCGGCACAACUGCAGAACAGGGUCCCCUUACUGCUAACUGUGGAGCACAGACAUGCCAUGGCUUCCACACCUUCAAGUGAGAAAGACAUUUCCCAGGCGUUAAAGUGUUCUCCCUCAGAGCAACUGACGGCCUUUUUACCGAACUCCUUUUUGUCUGUUAGACACAACAGUACACUCGGGGUGUGUGGUUUUAGUGACUUUCAUGAACUAAAUCAAGGGAUAGCCCUCAGCAAUGUUUGUAGGAAGGGCCUCUGCACUAAGGCUUUUACUGGUUAUGGCCCAGCACUGAGCCGUGAGCAGCUGUGGCCCUGCGGUGGAUUUUACCUCCCAGCAUGGUUGUACUUUCUUUUCCCCUCUAGUCAAAAUAAGUAAUAAGUUUCCAGAAAAUUGGACAGUCUGCAAUGCCGAAAGGGUCAGAGUCUGUAUUUCAGGUUGUUUAGAAUAAAGCUUUAGUUAAAAUA